UGUCUUCACACUCUCACUGUAAUAAUAAUAGUAGUAAAAUGGCUCAGAGUUCCAGGAAUAUUCUGUUGUUCCUCUGCAUCAUCAGUUUCGCUGUAGUAGUGCAGAGUGAACAUAUUUGUCAAAUGGACCCCAAUAUAACUAUUAACUAUGGUGUUUUGGGCGAACCAGUCGAUAAGCGUCAACAAGGUGGGAACAGACUUAGAUUUAUUGUGCAUUAUGAAGAGGGUUUUCGAAGGCAUCCAUUAUUUCAACAAUUCAAGAAUGAAGUUGUUCAACGAGCUCUUAAUUUCUGGGAAAGAACACUGAGUGCAAGACGAUCACCAAACAGGAGACUUCUAAUUCCAAGCGGAUGCGUUGAAGGCUAUUCAGCUUUAGAUGGAAACACAGGCAGAAGGUUUUGCAUGCAACAGUGCAGUCACGCUAAAUGCACUGAUUAUAAAGUCCCAAAUCAAUUUACUGCCGGAUGUUUCCAAGGACGUGAUGGUAGUAAUCUACGACGGGUUACCCAAGAUGGACCAGGAUUUGCACCGAAUGAGUUCGUGAUGUUCGUGGAUAGCGUGAAUAAAGGAUCUUGUAGACGUGGUGUGACAGUGGCUUUUGCCUCUCCAUGUGAAAUGCAUCCAACAACUGAUAGACCAAUUAUGGGAGCAAUCAACUUCUGUCCACAACAUAUGAGUGUAAAUGAACCUGCUAAAACGAAAUUGAUAUCAACAGCUACUCAUGAAGUGGCACAUGCUUUGGGAUUUACAAGUAAAUGUUUCGCUUUAAUGCGUGAUGUGAAUGGCAAUCCAAGAACACCCAGGGACCCUAUGACUAAAAAACCACGAAACGGUCAACCCAGUGAAAACACUGUCAGACAAAUCAACCGCCCAUGGGUCUCGGCUGUAGGAACAUUCCGUAAAACAUUUACAUCUUUGGUUACACCACGUGUAUUAGAAGAGGGACGUCGACACUUCAACUGUCCAAAUCUCGAUGGAAUUGAUUUAGAGAAUGAAGGCGGUCAAGGAACAGCCGGUACACAUUUUGAAAAGCGAGUUGUUGGUGAUGAAAUCAUGGCAGGUUCUACAGGAUUGAGAGGAAUAGUUUCACGACUGACAUUAGCUUACUUCCAAGAUUCUGGUUGGUGGGAUGUCGACUACUCAGUCGCGGAAAGAUAUGACUACGGAAAGGGUCUUGGCUGUAGUUUCGUAAUGGAAAGCUGCUAUGCGUAUAUGAACAGAAUGAAGCAACAGGGAAGAAGUAUUGAACCGUACUGUGAAGAAUCGAGCACUUAUAUGUGUUAUCAUAGGAAAGCCUACGGCCAAUGUACAGCUCAAAAUAUGAAUAGAAAUCUGCCUCCAUCUGAUCAAUAUUUCAGAGGUAAUCCUAACAAAGGAGGAGCCGCUGAACUCGUGGAUAGUUGUCCUAUUGCUCAGCCGGCGACAUAUUUCUUUAGUAUACCGAUAGUGUCACAUUGCAAUCUUGGUAUGAAUAGACAAAAAUUGCAAGGUAAAAACAUGUAUGCUCAAGACUUCGGUAAUAAUUCAGUAUGCAUUGCACAUAGAGGAAUUUGGAAAGCCCAGUUGAAUAGAAAGAUGUCAAAAAGUCGCCUGGUUAUGGCUACUUGUCAUCAGAUUUCAUGUUCUGGAGGCCUGAAAAUAAUUGUUAAUGGUCAACCAUUCCCUUGUCAGUCAGGUGUAGCAAGAAUACAAACCAAUCAGAUUACUGGAGAGGCUAUCUGCCCACAUCCAAAUGAAGUUUGUGGACGUGGAAAGAAGUGA